CGCGACGUUCAAAUCAAAUCGAUCGUUCAAAGCGCUCAUUGGCGAAUAUUCAAAACUAUCGAUCGAGAUAUCGACCGUUUUUGGCGCGUGCAUGAAAAUGUCCGUGAUGUUAGCGAACUUGAGAGCGAGGUAAGCAGCAAGGUUCUUCGUAUCCCCUUGCUCAAUUCAGUCGAGGCGUAUUCGAUAAAUUAAUAAUUACAAAAUAGUCUGUCAAUUGGAAGCAAUGAAGGACUGUCGUUAUGGUUACACAACCAGGUGAGGAGGCGUUAUCGGUAUCGACCUGUCGCGAUGCGCCGUACGGUCGGACGUGCAAUCCGUCGUCGUUACUCUGUCGUCAUUCCGUGGAGGGUCGUGCCGUGUGCGCUCAUCGCGUGGUGGGACAGUCGCGCUUUAUCAGUCAGACCGGUAGGAAUUCGACUGCCACUUGGACGUUUCCACGAAGCGUGUUAGGAUAUUACGGAUCAUACUUUCGGAAAGUAGAGCGUCUCAGCGGCAUCUUUCCCCUUAUCUUCACUGUUGUUAUCUGUUCGAAAAGUAUCCCGACGAAAGACAAGGGUGAAACAUGGCGGAUAGAAUAUACUACCCCAAUCCGGAGCUCGUGAAGACAGCUCACUGUGGUAGCAUGGAGCAAUAUAAGCAAAUGCAUGAGAGAUCCAUUAAAAAUCCGGUGCAAUUUUGGAGCGAGAUCGCCAAGCAAUUUUACUGGGAAACGCCGGCGAUAGAAGAGAAGUUCUUCUCAUACAAUUUCGAGCUAAGUAAAGGUGAUAUUUUUAUAAAAUGGAUGGAAGGAGCAUCAACGAACAUAAGUUUCAAUUUGCUGGAUAAGAAUGUGAAGAGCGGCAACGGCGAUAAAAUUGCGUUUUACUGGGAAGGGAACGAUCCGGACGAUUACUCACGACUAACGUAUAGAAAAUUGCUCGAGGAAACAUGCAGAUUCGCAAACGUCCUCAAGUCGAAAGGCGUCACCAAGGGGGACAGAGUGGUGAUUUACAUGCCGAUGAUCUUAGAGCUUCCGAUCGCGAUGUUGGCAUGCACAAGGAUAGGAGCGGUCCACAGCGUGGUGUUCGCAGGCUAUUCGUCUGACUCAUUAGCGGAACGCAUGCUCGACUCGAAGGCCAAAGUUCUCAUCACCACGGAUGGCGUGUGGCGGGGCGAGAAGUUACUUCUGUUGAAGAACAUCUGCGACGAGGCUCUGGAAAAAGCCAAGAAACAAGACCACCAGGUCGAAAGUUGCAUCGUCGUCGCACAUUUGAGGAGGCUCAGCUCUCCCCAAGGUAAAAUGAAUGGAGUGAAUGGUACCAGCAACGGCAACGGCGCUACGGAGAUGCCUGAUGUUUCCUGGGACGACGACCGUGACGCUUGGUGGCAUGACGAAAUGGAGGAGGCCGAGGCGAGUUGUUAUCCGGUCUGGAUGGCUGCCGAAGAUCCGCUUUUUAUUCUUUAUACAAGCGGAUCCACCGGAAAGCCGAAGGGUGUUCUUCACACCACCGCGGGAUACUUGAUCUAUGCGGCGACGACGUUCAAGUACGUGUUCGACUACCACCCGGGCGAUGUUUAUUGGUGCACCGCCGACAUUGGCUGGAUCACGGGGCACACUUACGUUGUUUACGGCCCGUUGGCGAACGGCGCGACGUCCGUCAUAUUCGAAGGUACGCCCUUUUAUCCGGACAACGAUCGAUACUGGUCGAUCAUCGACAAAUAUAAGGUUACGCAAUUUUACACGGCGCCGACGGCCAUCAGAUCGCUCAUGAAAUUCGGCGACGAGUUCGUAAAGAAACACAACUUAUCCACACUUAAGGUGCUCGGCUCAGUUGGCGAGCCGAUCAACAGCGAAGCCUGGCUCUGGUUUUACAAUCUCGUCGGCCACGGGAAGUGCAGCAUAUCGGACACUUUCUGGCAAACAGAAACUGGCGGUCAUGUAAUUACACCGCUGCCUGGUGCGACGCCUAUGAAACCGGGUUCUGCGACGUUCCCGUUCUUCGGAGUUCUGCCGGAGCUUCUCGACGAGGAUGGUCACGUGAUCGAGGGCGAAGGAGAAGGAUAUCUCGUCUUCCGAAGACCAUGGCCGGGCAUGAUGCGGACUCUCUAUAGCAAUCAUCAACGUUUCCAAAAUACGUAUUUCGAUCGAUUCAACGGAUUUUACUGCACGGGUGACGGUGCGAGGCGUGACAAGGACGGAUAUUUGUGGGUAACCGGUCGUAUCGACGAUAUGCUGAACGUUUCUGGUCACUUAAUGUCGACGGCUGAAGUAGAAAGUGUUUUGGCGGAACACUCUUCGGUAGCCGAAGCCGCGGUAGUGAGCAAAUCGCAUCCUGUCAAAGGCCAAUGCCUCUAUUGUUUCAUCACGCCUACCGCGGGAAAAACAUUCGACGAGAAGUUGCAGGUCGAGCUUAAAAAGAAAGUGCGCGAGAGAAUCGGCCCAUUCGCCCAACCGGACGUCAUCCAACAUGCUCCGGUUCUACCAAAGACAAGAUCCGGCAAGAUCAUGAGACGUAUGCUGAGGAAAAUCGCAGCUGGCGACAGAAAUAUCGGUGACACGUCAACGCUAGCAGACGAGAAUGUCAUCCAGCUCCUUUUUGAAUUAAGGCCGUGCGUCUAAGAUACGCGUCUCGUGCUUCUAUUCUAGAAAGAAACGAAUAGGAUAUUAAUAAGAAAGUCUUUGUCUCGCAUCGUUCGUUCAAUGAAUACUGAAAAACGUAUCGCACGAUUUCUGAAUAACGUCAUAAAGGUGAACAAUAGAUUAUAAACACACAUUGAAUCGAAUUGUUUCACAUAAUCGCACAACAUCGGUGGCGCGAUCGUAUUCCAAGAUUUUAUCAUACGCCCAAUCAUUUGACGUCCAUGUAUAAGAUGCAUAAAGAGAUAGAGUUGUUAUUUUUAAUUGAUCAAUCAAUU